UUGAAAGUCCAAAGUCCACAGUUCAAGAACAAUAUAUUUAUUAUAACUCAUUAUACCAGGAGAAAUAAAUUGUAUCAAUCCGCAGUAUCAUUACGAUAUAUUAAGUUUAGUUUUACCAUGUUUUCAAAGAUAUUUCUAUCAAAAAGUGCUCCUUUAAAGAAUCUUUUAUCAGCUUCAAAUACAUUAAAUAGAAACAUGUCGAGUACUAUUUCUACUUUCAAACACCUUUCCGUUACUAUGCCAAAGGAUUAUGUUUUCCAUGUUGAACUUAAUAGACCUGAAAAAUUAAAUGCCUUUACUUAUAACCUAUUUUGUGAAGUGCAACAAUGCUUUGAAGAACUUAGUGACAAUGAAGACUGUAGGGUUGUAGUAUUAAGUGGAGCUGGAAGGUUCUUUACUGCAGGGUUGGACUUACAAGACAUUGCUCAAAACAUGAUGGGAAGAAUUGGUGCCAUCGAAGGAGAUUUAGUCAGGAAAGCUAAACUUUUUAUGCCAGUUAUUAGGAAGUAUCAAGCAAGUAUGUCGUCAUUGGAGCUCUGUAAAAAACCUGUCAUAGCUGCAAUACAUAGUGGUUGUUUGGGAUUGGGCGUUGAUUUAGUUACUGCAGCUGAUAUGAGGUUAUGUACGAAAGAAGCAUAUUUUGAAAUUAAAGAGAUUGAUAUAGGAUUAGCAGCAGAUAUCGGUACUUUACAAAGGCUGCCCAAGGUUAUAGGUUCAGAUUCUUUGGCAAGGGAGCUUUGCUACACAUGUAGGAAAUUUCCAGCACCUGAAGCCCUCAGUAGUGGCUUGGUGUCAAAAGUCUAUGAUAACAAAGAAGAAAUGAUACAAGGUGCUUUGGGACUAGCAGAACAAAUUUCCAAAAAGACUCCCGUUGCUGUGCAAGCUACUAAAGCCAGCUUAGUAUAUUCAAGGGAUCAUACUGUGCAGGAAGGCCUAGACCAUAUUGCAUUACUAAAUCAGUUUUUACUCCAAAGCGAGGACUUGGCUCAAGCCACUAUGGCCCAGAUCACCAAAGACCCCAAUGUACAAUUUUCUAAACUUUAAAUCGCUCUAAAUAAAUUGUUAUUUGCUUUUGUUUAUACUUUUUAUAACUUUUUAAAUAUUUUAAAAUAGAUAAAACAAAUAUUUUAA